AUGGCGGGUCUCGAGCAAUGCCCUGCAAAGAUUGUCGAGGAAAUCGUCGCAUACUUGGACCUGACGGAUGCGGGCAAUCUCCGAUUGACAAAUCGAUAUCUUCGGUCUCGAGUCACCCAGGGACGGUUUAGAUUGAACUUCCGCUCUAAGCGUGUCAAGAUCACGGGAGCAGACCUGCAACAGCUAGGCCUUUUGACACAGCGUGGUUGGCUCGGCUGCGAAACUCGCCACCUAACGCUGGUUGGCGUGGUCAACGACACUGCGGCUCUCGAAGCUGGCCUCACAGCAGACGCAACCGAUCCCAGGAAGCGAGACUUGGAGAUUCUUCGACAGCGGCGACAGGAUUAUGAGCAACUACUGGAGUCGGGGAAGAUUGUGCAGCUUCUCAGCCAGGCUUUUAAAUACCUGGCGACGAAUAGCGCCGAGAGGAAACUCCAAUCCCUCUCGCUCGAGGUUACAGUGUAUUGUCAAGAUGCGGAACGCGAGAUAACUCCCCUGGCUGGCAGUAGUUGGAGGCGUAUCUGGCAGACUACGGCAGAGACCUUCCGGAUUGUAUUGGCGGCUCUACAGAAAAGUCUCCUGGCGGUUGACUGUUUAAAUGUCUUUAAUGGUUACUACAUGCAGCGAUGCAGCCUGGAGAGUCGGGAGCUUUCCCAGAUUGAUUAUCAUAAUGAGGGACUCUCCAAAGUCCUUAGAGCUCUUAAAGCUUUGUCUAUCAGUGUUUCAGACCGGAUUCUCUGGCUCACACCCCAAGGUGCCCAGCGCUCCGGCGAUUCGGCCGAUGUGAUCGACUGGUCGGACGAUGAGCACGACAGAGACAUCGACAGAGUCACAGCGGAGGCGCAAGACGAAAACAAUUUUGUCGGCCUAGCAAGGAUGUUAGACGUGUGCCACGAGCUCAAAAGCCUACAGAUACACCAGUAUCUUGUGAACUCUCGUCAUCUUACCUUCCACAUCCCCAGCCCGAGGGAAAGGCUCUUCCAGCGUGUAGCGGAAUCAGCAGCACUACCAGCGUUGGAAGAUUGCUCUCUCCGGGGCGUGUUUGUCCGGGAGAGAGACUUACUUGCACUCCUGAAGCGGACGCAGCUCCGCAGGCUCUCUUUGGAAAGUGUUCGAAUGGUUUCUGGUACAUUCAGGUCAAUCUUCGAUGCUUGCACGGGCGAAACCUCCAGUCUGUCAUAUCUAUACCUUGACGAGCUUAUGAUCCAAGGGGACUUGGUACACUUUACAGGCGCCGGGGAGCCUAGGUUCAACACCUGGGUUGGUGCGCAUGGCAGCAAUACAUUGAAGCGGGAAGGCGAGGAGUUGAAACACCCGAUCCUAUAUCACCUCCCCCAUGGAAUGCCAAUACCUCUGGGAUCUCCUGCGAGACAACAGUGGAUGCUUGAGCAACGGCAGGAAUACGGACCCCACCGAUAG